AACUUCCUCUCAUUCUCUUUCUUUCUUUCUUGUUAGUUUUAGAAGCCACAAUAUUAACAAGUACACCAGCAUUUGCAACACAAGAUAAGAAGCAAAAUACAUAAAAGGCUGCUCCGCUUUGCUACUCUCUUCUCUCGCUUGCUGCUAUGGAGGAGGAGCUCUUCAACUGGCUCAAGCUGCUUGUAAUCUCUUUCACCGUCUUGUUGUUUGUUUUAAAGGUUGCAAUUCUCCUUUGGUGGACACCCAGAAAAAUUGAAGACCAUUUCUCUAAGCAAGGGAUCAGAGGUCCUCCUUAUCAUUUCUUCAUUGGGAAUGUUAAAGAAUUGGUUGACAUGAUGCUUAAGGCUUCUUCUCAACCCAUGCCUUUCUCUCACAACAUUCUUCCAAGAGUUCUCCCUUUUUACCAUCACUGGAAGAAAAUCUAUGGUGCAACGUUUCUUGUAUGGUUCGGACCGACCGUUCGCCUGACCGUCGCCGAUCCCGACCUCAUUCGUGAAGUGUUUACUUCAAAGUCUGAAUUCUAUGAGAAAAAUGAGGCUCACCCACUAGUUAAACAGCUUGAAGGCGAUGGUCUCCUCAGCCUCAAAGGAGAAAAAUGGGCUCACCAUAGGAAAAUCAUAACGCCCACCUUCCAUAUGGAAAAUCUCAAACUGCUGGUACCAGUGGUGGCAAAAAGCGUCACCGAAAUGCUGGACAAAUGGCUGGCAAUGGCGACAUCCGGCAAGGUUGAAGUUGAAGUUUCAGAGUGGUUUCAGCUUCUCACAGAAGAUGUAAUUACUCGCACUGCAUUUGGUAGUAGCUAUGAAGACGGCAAAGCCGUUUUCAGACUGCAAGCUCAACAAAUGGAGCUUGCUGCUGAAGCUUUUAGGAAAGUCUUCAUCCCUGGCUACAGGUUUUUGCCCACAAAAAGGAACAUAAAUUCAUGGAAACUGGACAAGGAAAUCAAGAAAUCGUUGAUGAAACUGAUCGAAAAGAGAAAAGGGAAUAAAAUUCCAAUAGAAAAAGAGAAAGUGCCAAAGGAUUUGCUUGGACUUAUGAUUCAAGCGGCGAACUCCUCACCGAAUAUAACAGAUUACGACAUUGUUGAAGAAUGCAAAAGCUUUUUCUUUGCUGGCAAACAAACCACAUCAAAUUUGCUGACGUGGACAAUCGUUCUUCUAGCAAUGCACCCACAAUGGCAGGUGCUAGCACGUGAGGAGAUGGUGACAGUGUGUGGAUCACGUGAUACCCCCACUAAAGAUGACGUUGUCAAGCUUAAGACACUGAACAUGAUACUAAAUGAAUCCCUUCGAUUAUAUCCGCCCAUCAUCGCGACGAUCAGGCAGGCAAAAACUGAUGUGGAGUUGGGUGCAUAUAAGAUCCCGUGUGGAACAGAGUUGUUAAUACCAAUUAUAGAGGUUCAUCAUGAUCAAGCCAUAUGGGGGAACGAUGCAAAUGAGUUUAAUCCAGCUAGGUUCACCAAGGGUGUAGCCCGCGCAGCAAAACAUCCAAUGGGGUUCAUCCCAUUUGGGCUCGGGGUUCGCACGUGCAUUGGACAAAACCUAGCUAUCUUACAAACCAAAUUAGCCCUCAUCAUUAUUCUUCAACGUUUCUCCUUUCGAUUGGCUCCAACUUACCAACAUGCACCAACUGUUCUUAUGCUAUUGUACCCACAAUAUGGUGCACCAAUAAUCUUUCAACAUUUGUCAUCUGAUGACGAUGAUAAAAAUCAGCGCUCCUGAUUUCAUCUGUAUACCAACCUUCCUUAUCUAUCUGUCUAUCUAUAUCCCUUUGUGUGUGAGUGAGUGGCUUGUGUUCCAUAGGAUCCAAACUUUGCAAGAGAUAAAUCUUCUGAAUUUUCCCCAAUUUAGUGACACAGUGCUCUCUGAUGGGCUUUACCAUUAAUUAAGUGUUAAGGGUUUGUACUAGUUGCAUUGUAGGAGCAAAUUAAAGGCCAACAACUGGGUAGCUUAGUUAUAGCACUCUGUUUGUCGAAUCAAAUGUUGCAAAUUUGUAUGUAUUGUCCCUAUGGAUAGUUUUAGUUAUAAAGGAUAUGAAAUUCAUGGAGAACAGACAACCUAAGCUUAAUAUAAUAUAAUUUAUGGAUUUAUGGAUCUUCA